UAGUAUCCUGCGUCUAAUAUUACCCUUGGCUGCUGCUCUUCUUAUUCCGACUUACUCGUUCCUGCUUUUCACUUUUCCAACUUCAAGAUACCCAUAAACACAUCAAGAUAUCAUAGAAAGAAGUAUCUUUCUAUCCCGUUUUCUCGUCAGCGCCCGUCAAAACUCACCUUGCGACCGGUGGACCAGCGUCCCCAUAUAUUGCAAUCAAGGCGAACGGAUUUGGACAGGAGGGAUCAGGAACAAGUUGCUCUAAAGCAAGACCAAAAAUCCGAGUAACGAGGCCGAGGAGCACAGCUCGGGGCAAAUACAGCUCGAGAUUCGAGAUUCGAGGAUCGUCGGCGGGAACACACAAACUCACCUCCCGAGGUCAUACGCACGCGCGCACACACAAACACAAUGUUCACCUCAACAUUACUAGCGCUCCUCAGCGCAGCAACACUCUCAACAGCACACACCGUCCUCACAUACCCCGGAUGGAGGGGUGACAACCUCAUAACAAAUGAGACUUUCCCAUAUGGCAUGCAAUGGAUGUACCCUUGCGGCGGCUACCCAACAACAACAAACCGCACCUACUGGCCCACGACAGGCGGCGCCGUCGCCUUCCAGCCGGGCUGGUUCCAGGGCCACGCCACGGCCUUCCUCUACGUCAACAUGGGCUUCGGCACCGACGGGCCCGGCGGCGGGCCCAUGAACAUGAGCUUCCCCAUGGUCCCGCCCUUCCAGAUCCUCGGGCCCUCCAAGAACCCCUACCCGGGCACCGUGUGCCUGCCCCAGGUCCCGCUGCCGGCCAACACCACGGUCCAGCCGGGUGACAACGCCACCAUCCAGGUCGUCGAGCUCGCCGUGCAUGGUGCCUCGCUCUUCUCCUGCGUCGACAUCACCUUCGUCGAGCCGGGCGACAGCCGCCUCGCCCCCGUCAACGAGACAAAUUGCUUCAACAGCAACGACAUCGGCUUCGCAGACGUCUACACCAUCGUCACCCGCGAGUCCGGCGCCGACCCGGUCGACCCGGUCGACCCCCGCGCCGCCGCCUCCACGUCGGACGCCUCCGAGACCCUCUUCUGGUACUUUGGCCGCCACAACUCGCACACCGCGUCCGUGUGGAAGAGCGCCCUCGGGCUGGCGCCCGUCGCGCUGGGGGUGGCUUGGGCUCUGCUCUGAGCGGGCGGCUUGUUGCCGGGGUUCUUCCCUCUUAAAUGACUUGUCCUUUUUCUUUUUUUGGUCGUGUGGCUAUCUGGUGGCUGGUUUGGAAAGUGGCGUUCUGGGGCGCUGGGACGGGAAGGCUUAUGAUAUCACUGCGGCCACAUCAUGCCUAUGAACAUUCGGGAAAAAGACCCUGGAUUUAUAUUUUUAAUGCAAUAACACAAAUACAGUACGUGCUAAGG